AUGGUGCAUUUCAGAGCUGGUAACUUUCACACUCAUAUUGCCUCGUGCACCGGGAAAUCUGCCGGGAUCCACAGGAACACAGCUGGUUUUAGCGUCAAGAAGCGCAACAAUCGGGUGCAAGAUGCCCCGAUGGAUUUCAAUCCUCCUGAUCCGGAUGGACGUGUGCGAUGUAAACUCUGCGAGCGAGCUUUCUCGCAAGAUCGGAUCUCGAAGCACCAAUCCGUCUGCCACGGUAAGCCUCGCUUGAAAGAGAAUCGCAAACCCAAGCAGCGAUCUGAAAUGCCAGCUCAACUGGAGUAA